AUGAAGACUGAUCUCUUAAUAGGAGACUUCGGUCUAGGAACAAGAGAGAUGAGACCUCCUGCCAAUUACAUUUUCUUAAAUACUGGCCUUCGUACAACUACUAAGACUUUGGGAAAGGAGACACCUACUACUACUUUCGUCACUACUACCACUUACCUCUACUACUACUCGCACGCGUACAGCUUCCUAUUCCUCUUUGUUACUGGAGAUAGAAAGUACAAUAGCUAG